CAAUCAUUGCAUCAUUCACAUUCGCAUCAUCAUCACUAUUGCCAUAAUUCAUCAUCAUCGAAAAAAUUAUCCAAAAUCCUUAUGGCCAUUAUAAUGACCAUAAUAUAUGAUUUAUAUUUCAUUUCAUCAUUAUCAUCCACAACAUCAUCAUCAUCAUUAUCAUUUGCAUCAUCCGCAUCAAUAUUCGGAGGUGUACACGCUACACCAAUAUUUUCAAAUGAUCCAUCAACGUUAUCAUCAUCAUCAUUAUCGUCGUCGACGUUACAGUCCAAAAUGAUUGUCAACAACAACAACAACAAUGAUAAUAAUCCCAAUCAACUGAUGAAUUGGAUUAGAUUUUUAAAUUAUCGUUUACCGAUCAUAUUGAAAACAUCAUUUUCAAACAACAACAUUGAUAAUAAUGUUGUUGUUGAUGAUGAUAGUGGUAAUAAUAAUGAUGAUGAUUUGGAUGUUGAUUUUGAUGGCCUAAAUAAUUAUAAAGAAAAACCAAUAAACAUAUUGUCGACGACUACGAUAAAAAAAUUACCAUUAUCAACAGAAGUAGUGGAAAAAAAUGAAAAAUUUAUUCAUAAAAUGAUCAAUAAUGAAGAAAAAUCAAACUGGCAGAAGAAAAUUGAUGAAAAUGUCAACGACGAUAUUAAUGACAAUAACAUUAAUGAACGUAAAAAACGUAGCGGUAUUGCUGAUCAACGUUUAGCUGAAUUAUUAGAAUUAGCUAGAAUGGAUAUGAUACGUAAAUUAGUACGUGAUAAUAAUCAAAUCAAACAUCAUUCAUCAAUGAUUGAUGAUGAUGAUAUUGCCUAUGGUCUUAUUGAUCCACAUAUUAUUGGUCGAAGACGAUAAAAAUCAAAAGAGUUUGAUCAACCUAACCGUGGGGUUUUUUUCAACAUCAUCAUCGUCAUCAUCAUCAAAUGAUCAACAGCAACAGCAACAACAUUUUGGAGAGUUUUUUGUUUUCACCAAAAAAAUUCAAAAAAAAAAAAUCCAAUUUCCAAACAU